AUGGACAUCUCGAAAAGUGAGGGCGAGACGCCUUCAGUCACUCAUCAUCCAAAUCCGCAUGCCUCGUCGGACGGAUACCACGAGGGCAAACAGCCGGCCAUCAUACCUAUCGAGGAAGAGGCCCUUGAAGAUGCUGAGCAUGUUCAUCUGAGCUGGAGGUCAUGGCUUGUCGUCUUCAUUACCUGCUUUGCCAUUAUGGCCCAGGUCUUCGUAGUCGUGGCUGCAGGUUCAGUCAUCGCCUUCAUCAUCCGGGAGCUGGGCGAAGCUCCUCUUGCCGGAUGGAUCAUACAGGGUCCUCUUUUGAUGCAAAGCGUCCUCUCCCCUAUCGUCGGCAGAUUGUCCGACGUCCUUGACCGAAAAUACCUCGCCGCAGUACCACCUCUCAUUGCCUUUGUCGGAGCGAUAAUCUCUGCGAAAGCGACCUCCAUGAGCAUGCUGAUUGGCGGAGGAAUCCUGAUUGGCACGACACUCUCGACAAUUGCCAUCGUUCAGGCCAUUCCAUCCGAAAUUUUACCUUUAAAAUAUCGAGCUUUGGCGAAUGGUUUCUCGUUCAUGGGAGGCGCAAUUGGCGGACUUGUGGGUGGCCUCGGCGCUGGUGCCGUUACCAACGUGGACAUUGGAGGUUGGAGAUACAUUUUUUGGAUUCAGGCUGCGUUCCAUGGUGCCACGUCUCUGGGACUAUUUCUCUUUUACUGGCCGCCCAAAAACCUCGAGUAUCCCAAGAUGAAGCUUAAGGACUACAUAUGGGCAUGUGACCCCAUUGGUUCAGCACUCUUCAUCUGCAGUGCCACUUUGAUGCUGCUUGCCCUUGACUGGGUUGGUGGUGCAUAUACCUGGUCAGACCCACACGUUGCAGUCCCUCUUGCACUAGGACUGGCACUUCUGGUUGCUUUUGCUGGAUAUGAAUGGAAAGGGCGGACGGACGGUCUCCUCGCCCACGUAUUCUUUCGCAGAAAUGCGAACUUUGCGCUGUCAACAUUCGCCUUCGCUGUCGAGGGAUGGAUCUUUUACAGCGCUGUCAAUUCCGUCGUACCACAGAUCGUCCUUAAUCUCGGAUUCGAGACCGACGCAUGGAAGAUUUCGAUCCGGCAGCUAAGCUACAGUCUCCUGACAAUGUUUACUUCUAUUCCAAUAACGUGGUACGCCACUGCAUACAAGGACUUGAAGUCCCCACUUCUGGUGACAUUUGGAAUUUUCCUUGUAGUAUCUAUCUGCUAUGCAACUAUCAAACCAAGCUGGAGCAAGCCCCAGAUCGUCUUCAACGUGCUGGCUGGAAUCGGUCAAUCUGGGCCGCUGACACUCCUCGUCGCUUGCGUGCAAUUCACAGCACCUCACGCCUUUCUGUCAACAGCGACUGGUAUGGCAUUCUCUGCUCGUGCCAUCGGGGGCGCGUUCGGCUCAGCCGUACUCAACGUGAUCAUCAAUGGACACUUGACUAGCAACUACGCACCUGCCGUCAGCAAAGCUGCUGUCGAUGCCGGCCUCCCAGCGUCCAGCGUCCCUGAUCUUCUAACGGCUCUGGGGGCAGGUAAUCUGACAGGAGUUGAUGGCGCGACGUCGGCUGUCUGGUCUGCCGCUGUUGAAGAGAGCCAAUGGCAAUAUGCGAAGGCCUAUCAGCUGGCAUGGGCAAGUGUGAUCCCGUUCGUUGUAUUGGCUAUUGUGGCUGUGGCGUUCCUGAGAGGCGUGAAAGAGUUGAUGACAGAGAAGGUUGAAGCUACUGUCGAGCACAUCGAUGAGAAUCAAGGGAAGAAGUGGGAAAGUUCAUCUGUGGCUGCGUAG